AAAGCUGUACAAGGAGAAGUGAAGAUGAACUCAAAGAAUUGGACUGAUGCGUAUAACGAUAAGAAUUCAGUGGAAUACAAUACAACCGCUACUGAGUUUAUUCAGAUGAUGGAUGAAAAACUUCGAAAUAGUGAAAUGUCUGCAACGUACAGUCGGACAUUUGUAGAAAGGAUACGGAAAGGGAGUGUUUUUGUCGUGUUCGUAAUGAACUUCAACCAAACCCCCGAGGUUCCAGAGGACAGUGGAAGUCCUACUGAUACAAAAGUGAUAAAUCUUGAUGUUGUCAAGAAACUUAUCAAUGAAAUUUCUGAACUGGAAGACCCAAAAGUUUCAGAUGUGAACGAAUGUGAAUCAGAUCCAUGUAACAACGGGGGCACGUGCGUAGAUGGCGUCAAUAGAUUUACUUGUACGUGUGCGCCAGGUUUCACAGGAGUUACUUGUGAAGAAUACAUUGACGAAUGUAAAUCUAAACCAUGUCAGUAUAAUGGAGUCUGUGAGGAUAGAAUAAACGGGUACGAGUGCACAUGUGUUGCGGGAACAGAAGGGGCCAAUUGUGAAAGAAAUAUAGAUGACUGUCAAUCAAAUCCAUGCAAAAACGCCGGCACGUGCAAAGAUGAAGUCAGUGACUACACGUGUGAAUGUGUGCCUGGAUAUACUGACAAGAACUGUGAAACAAAUAUCAAUGAAUGUGAAUCCAACCCCUGUAAAAACGGUGGUACAUGCACAGACGGCAUUAACAAAUACACUUGUGAAUGUAAACCUGGGUACACUGGAGACAAAUGUCAAAUAGAUAUUGAUGACUGUGAUGCAGAUCCAUGCAAGAACGGUGGCACGUGCACAGAUGAAGUCAAUGACUACACGUGUGACUGCAUGCCCGGAUAUACAGACAAGAACUGUGAAACAAAUAUCAAUGAAUGUGAAUCCAACCCCUGUGAAAACGGUGGUACAUGCACAGACGGCAUUAAUAAAUACACUUGUGAAUGUAAACCUGGGUACACUGGAGUAAAAUGUCAAACAGAUAUCAAUGAGUGUGAUUCAAACCCCUGUGGAAACGGUGGUACAUGCAAAGACGGAAUUAACAAAUACACCUGUGAGUGUAAACCAGGGUACGCUGGAGACAACUGUGAAAUAGAUAUCAAUGAAUGUGAAUCCAACCCGUGUGAAAACGGUGGUACAUGCAAAAACGGAAUCAACAAAUACACUUGUGAAUGUAAACCUGGGUAUACUGGAGACAACUGUCGAAAAGAGAUCAAUGAGUGUGAAUCCGACCCCUGUGGAAACGGUGGUACAUGUAAAGACGGAAUUAACAAAUACACUUGUGAAUGUAAACCUGGGUACACUGGAGACAACUGUAAAAUAGAUAUCAAUGAGUGUAAAUCCGACCCCUGUGAAAAUGGUGGUACAUGCAAUGACAGAAUUAACAAAUACACCUGUAAAUGUAAACCUGGGUACACUGGAGACAACUGUGAAUUAGAUAUCAAUGAGUGUGAAUCCAACCCCUGUAAAAACGGUGGUAAAUGCAUAGACGGAAUUAACAAAUACACUUGUGAAUGUAAACCUGGGUACACUGGAGACAAAUGUCAAAUAGACAUAGACGAAUGUUCCUCUGAUCCAUGUAUAAAAGGUGAUUGUACGGAUGCUGCUAAUGAAUACACAUGCUCUUGUCAAGAGGGCUGGACGGGAAUAAACUGUGAUCGGAACGUAAACGAUUGUCCCGGAAAUCCGUGUAAGAAUGGGGCGACAUGCACAGAUGAAGUGAAUAGUUACACAUGCACGUGUGUCGCUGGCUGGACAGGACCUAACUGUGAUUCAAAUAUCAAUGAGUGUGAACCCAACCCCUGUGAAAAAGGUGGUAAAUGCAUAGACGGAAUUAACAAAUACACUUGUGAAUGUAAACCUGGGUACACUGGAGACAAAUGUGAAAUAGAUAUCAAUGAGUGUAAAUCCGACCCCUGUGAAAAUGGUGGUACAUGCAAUGACAGAAUUAACAAAUACACCUGUAAAUGUAAACCUGGGUACACUGGAGACAACUGUGAAUUAGAUAUCAAUGGGUGUGAAUCCAACCCCUGUAAAAACGGUGGUAAAUGCAUAGACGGAAUUAACAAAUACACUUGUGAAUGUAAACCUGGGUACACUGGAGACAAAUGUCAAAUAGAUAUCAAUGAGUGUAAACCCAACCCCUGUGAAAACGGUGGUACAUGCAAUGACAGAAUUAACGAAUACACUUGUGAAUGUAAACCUGGGUAUACUGGAGACAUCUGUCAAAUAGAUAUUGAUGACUGUGAUGCUGAUCCAUGCACCAACGGUGGCACGUGCAAAGAUGAAGUCGAUGACUACACGUGUGACUGUAUGCCUGGAUUUACAGACAAGAACUGUGCAACAAAUAUCGAUGAGUGUCAAAACAACCCCUGUGAAAACGGUGGUACAUGUAUGGACGGCAUUAAUAAAUACAUGUGUGAAUGUGAAGUUGGGUACACUGGAGACAAUUGUCAAAUAGACAUAAACGAAUGUUCCUCUGAUCCAUGUAUAAAUGGCAAUUGUACGGAUGCUGCUAAUAAAUACAUAUGCUCUUGUCAAGUGGGCUGGACGGGAAUAAACUGUGAUCAAAACGUAAACGAUUGUGCCGGAAAUCCAUGUAAGAAUGGGGCGACCUGCAUAGAUGAAGUGAAUAGUUACACAUGCGCGUGUGUCGCUGGCUGGACAGGACCUAACUGUGAUUUAAAUAUAGACGACUGCCAACCAAAUCCUUGCAAAAAUAAUGCUAAUUGCACGGAUCGCGUUGACGGUUACACGUGCUCGUGUGAAGCAGGAUGGACAGGGAAAGACUGUAAUGAAAAUAUAGACGAUUGCCAACCAAAUCCUUGCAAAAAUAAUGCUAAUUGCACGGACCUCGUUGACGGUUACACGUGCUCGUGUGAAGCAGGAUGGACAGGGAAAGACUGUAAUGAAAAUAUUGACGAUUGCCAACCAAAUCCUUGCAAAAAUAAUGCCAAUUGCACGGACCUCGUUGACGGUUACACGUGCUCGUGUGAAGCAGGAUGGACAGGGAAAGACUGUAAUGAAAAUAUUGACGAAUGCCAGCUUAACCCAUCCCCUUGUCUGAAUGGUGCUACAUGUAUAGAUGUUGAGGGAAGUUACACAUGUGCUUGUUUCGAGGGAUGGAUGGGACCCACAUGUGAUACAGCAAAAACUACAUCUACAACUUCAUCUACCACGUCAACCUGGAUGGAGCCCCGUUCGGAACCAACAGGUGAACCCACGAGUGAGCCUCACACUGAGCGCAGCACGACAACAGAGGCACCAUGUGUCACAGGUGCGCAAUACCAAAGUGAGAUCGACGGUGUUAUAUUACAGCCCUAUGAUAACGAUCUUAAUUCAUCCGAAACGAAGUUAUUUAGAGAAACUGAGGGUGCGCUGAUGAGUCUGGUUCUCAAUGCGACGGAUAUGUUCAACAUGACGGACAUGAUAUGCAAUAUGUAUUUGCAACGGUUUUUUCCAAUGCCAGCUUCGACUAUCAGUGAAAUAAACAUAGGGUUUACUAUUAUGAUCAGUACUUCGGAACCUGUUUCAAACCAAGCUGUUCAGACAUUGUUCAGCUACAUGGCAGAUGAUGCAGUUUUCUCUUCAAUGAGAGCCAUAGUCAGUACAACAAACCCAUCUGCGACAACAACAACAACAACAACAACAACUACAACAACAGCCCCAACCACAAAGUAUGUAAUUCGAUUAAUGGAUGGGAACAAUGAUACGACUAAUGAGCUAUAUGGACGUGUGGAAAUCAGACGCCUGGUUGGUGGAAAGCCAGUCGGCGACUUUGGCACUAUUUGUGAUGAUAGCUGGGGAAUCCAAGAGGCCACUGUUCUAUGUAGAUCACUGGGUGCUAGUAACCCUUCAAACAGCUUUGCAUAUGGUGGUGCAGCAUUUGGAGAAGGCAGUGGGCAAAUAUGGUUGAGUAAUUUCCAUUGCUAUGGGAACGAGAGUGGAUUAGAAGAGUGCAUAUCAUCAAAAUGGGGCGAGGCUCAUUGUUCACAUCAACAGGACGCUUCUUUAUCAUGCGGAAUUGAUCGUGUCACGAACCCCUCGAAUGCUUCGUCAACACUAGGACCUGGAACAACACCAUCUACGACGUCAAUGCCAGGUGAGAACAUUCGACUGGUUGAUGGCGAAAACUGUUUAGAGGGUAGAAUAGAAGUUUUCUACAAAGGAGAGUGGGGAACAGUGUGUGGUUAUGGUUUUAGUCGUAAUGUGGCACAAGUUGUUUGCAGAUCACUUGGAUUCCGAAACUACUCUUCCUACUAUAGACUGAGGUUCGGGUAUACUUCUGCGCCGAUUCAUAUGUCUUAUGUGUACUGUCUUACAGGGAAUGAGAGCAGUAUAUUUGAUUGUCGAUACAGUACACCAUACUGUAGCCAUUAUGACGAUCAGGGUAUACGUUGCCAUGGUGACCCAUACAUAGAGUGCAACACUAGACCGGACAUUCCAAGCGUUAACUGUACCUUUAAUAAGGAUAAAUGCGCUUACAACAUGACAGUGAUAUCUGGCAGUAUAAACUGGAGAUGGAAUCAGGCUCGCUUAGUUGGAAUGACUGAUGCAACAAACCCUUCUAAUUCCACCGGUCGUUUAAUGAUCUAUCAGAAUAAAUUCGGUUCUGAAACAGAAAGUGCAAGAAUGGCGUCUCCAAUGUUUCAUACAACCUCUACAGAAAUGAAAGUAGAAUUUUAUUACCAGCUCCGAGAAUCGUCUUACAACGAUCUAAUUUUUAGUCUUAAUGAAGAAAAGGAAGGUGGUGAAGAAGAGGAGGAGCAUCUCUUAUGGAACAGCGUUCAUCUUCGGCGUGACCAGGAGUACCAAUGGAUUUACGAAUGUGUACUGCUGUUUGACUUAAAAGAGACUUCAAACUACUCACUAGUGUUCACAGCUAAACGUGGGCCAAGUGCAAGCUCCGCUGUAGCUGCAGACGAAAUUCUGCUCACUGAUGGACCUUGUGCAGAGAGUCUUCUAGACGGUAUGUGCGACUUUGACAGACCAAGAUCUUGCGGAAUGUCUGUUGAGUGUAUUUCCUGUGACAGGACGAAACAUUCGUACAUAUGGAUGUGGCAAAGUUAUAACAGAACAUAUAGCCGUAUACAAGCUAAUGGUUCUUUUAUGGCGGUCAACUCUACAUUUGGCAACGAGGGUGACGAGACUGUCACGAGUUUUAUGGUACCAAACCUGGCUAAUAUUACCGCUGUCCAAUUUAUAUACCAAAUGUAUGAAGUAAAUGGGGACGAACUGGAGGUGCUGCUUUAUGAGAAUGACAGUUUACACACGACACUUUUUAACCAAAACAGUAGCUAUGGAAACCAAUGGAUUGAUAAGUGCGUACAGCUUCCUGACAAUAUUAACCCGACAAGUACCUUUAAAAUAUCAUUCAGAGCUACUCGUGGGAAAGGAUUGAAAGGUUAUAUUGCGAUAGACAAUGUGAAACUUCUGACUGGUGAAUGUCAACGUCCAGUUGUGACAUGCGCGGAUGGGUUAUCGCAGUGUGAGUGGAAAACUAGUACAAGUGGUCCAUUAUUCUGGAAGUUUUUUAAAGUUUAUACUAAAAAUAUCCGGCUUGUGGACGGCCCGACAGAAAGUAGUGGUGCAGUGGAAGUUUAUCACAAUGGGUUGUGGGGUCGUGUUUGCGAUUAUUCUUUUGAUAUCCGAGAGGCACAAGUAGUCUGUAGACAGCUCGGUUAUUCGACUGACAAUGUUAGUUACCGACGCGGGUCUUAUUACGGCUACUCAGAUACAAAAGUCUGGUUGAGUUAUUUGUAUUGUCGUGGCACUGAGAACAGUUUGGAGGAGUGCAGCCACAGCGGAUGGGGGAAUUCUUAUUGCAGUUACUACAACCAUGCUAGUGUACUAUGCUAUGGCGAAAUAUUGGAUAAAGGUUCCGGAUAUCACGGUUUUAAUAAAAACUAUUUUGCAUUGAUGGAAGAAGCAGCAGCCAAUACAAGUGGAUGGGCCUCUCUUUCAUCACCUGACCUUAUUCAUGAGGCCGGUGUGUACAGAUUUACGUUUAACUAUAUUAAGAUUGGCUAUGAAGUAGUACAGGUAUGGUACAGUAACCGUACACUUAACGUAACUGUGGUUUUGGAUAAGAUAAUUGAUCCGGUCGAUUCUAUUGUGCAAUACUGCAUAGAAAUUCCCAUUGAAAUCCACGGAGAAAUGGCGCUUGGACUGACUGCAUUUAAAACAACAUCCGAUGAAAUCAUAACUGCUGUGCAGAAUUUCUCCUUGGAAAAUGGAUCUUGUACAGAAUCCCUUGCCAAACGAAAUUUCACUUUUGAAAGUGACCACAUGUUAUAUGGAUAUGAAAUCGAAUCUGACGGUAAGAAUGAAAGUAGUUGUAAACCAAGGUAUGAAUGGAAAAGAGUACAGGCCGGUACUGGAAUUGGACUAGAUACAGAUCACACGUUCGGAAAUGCAUCAGGACACUUCAUGUAUGUUAAUCCAGCAUUUGGUGAAUCUGGUAGUCUGACAAGUCUAAAUUUCAAGCAAGUGACAGAGGAGGAAUCAAAGGGAAUCUGUAGUCUACAAUUCUAUUACUUUAUUAGUGAUGCAUCUUUAGAUGGUUAUUUGUCAUUGAGUGUGAAUAACGAGACGAAUGAACUAGCUGGUAUUCCAAAUUUACCUGUAUGGUUGCCCGGUUGUUUGGAUCUCGUAGACAGUUGCGGAGAAGACCCUGGACUUCUAGACAUGCACUUUAAUGCACUCAAUGUGGAAGCUGGUGUCGACGAUGUAACAUUGUCUGUUGAACCUUGCCCAGAAACAGAAGGAUUCACGGUGUCGUGCGAGUUCGAGAAUGGAGAUGUGUGCGGAUAUUUAAUGAACCCGUCUAUCUGGUCAUAUGAAAGAGCAAAAACGACACGGACAAAUUCAACUACCACGUCAGCCUGGGCGGAGCCUAGUGCGGAACCAACAGGUGAGCCCGAGCCGACGGGUUACCAAUACCCCGAACCUGAAUAUGAACCAGACCCUGAACAAACGGCUGAACCACAUCCUGAACCAACUGUUAAAUCUGGGCCAGAACCCACGAGUGAGUCUCAAACUGAGCCUAGUACGACAACAGAGGCACCAUAUGCCACAGGCGGAUAUUUGAAAAGUAACACCACAGAACCUGGCAAUUAUAUUGUUUCACCGUUGUUUGAUGUAUACACGGAUUCAUGUGUUACACUCGGCUUUGCCAACACAGCAACCUAUACUGCACGGGUAAAAAUCGUUGGCGGUAAUGGACAGACUGUUACUACCACAGACUUGCUUGAAGUUCCAGUUUCUUCAUACAGAACCUUUCAUCUGGACAUCCAAACAGGGACUCAGCUUCGGCUUUUAUUCGAAGCUUACAUGACCUUUGUCCCUUACCGUGUAGAGCCUGAGUUCAACUUGUUUAACAUCCUGGUUGUCAACGGUUCCUGUGCGAGUCCUGGGUUAUCGUGUGAUGAAAAUGACCUCGAGUGUGACGGAGAAUGUGUUGCACCCUAUUUCAUAUGUGAUGGUAUACGUCAGUGUGAAGAUGGGAGUGACGAAAAGUGUGAAUGUGGCAGGAAUACUUUCAACUGUACAGUAUUGGAAGAAUGUGUGACGUCAUCUUUACAGUGUGAUGGAUUCGAAGACUGUACAGACGGCAGCGACGAAGAAGACUGCGGUCCAGACGUGAGUUGCAGUUUUCGAAGAGGGUCGAACUGGGAUUGUGGGUACCAGCUCUAUAAUGCUCGUCAGAUUUAUUAUGCUCAUGGAUCUCCUUGCAUUCAUUUUGAUAAAUGA